GGUGUUUGCCUUCAACAUGUCUGAAGCAUUCGACUUGUCCAAGAAGCAUCAAAAGCAAGGCGGCCACCAUAACCACCAUGGUCAUGGCGGAGACAAGAAGCAGUACAGUCUAAAUGGUGAAGCAAAGCCGUAUCACCAUGCUCACGGUGAUGACAUCAACUCAACUCCCAAGCCUCCUCACCCCGCUGCCGACAGCACGCUGAAAGUGCUUGUGACACUGUCUCGUCACGGCAGUCGCCGGCCCAACCCGAUAUCCACGACCCUGUGCCCCAACAACGUCCAGAACUCCGAGUCGUACCACGUGCCUCCGGAACAGUUGACCGAGAUUGGCAUGGAGCAAAUGCGCCUCGCGGGCGAAGAAGUGCGCCGCGAGUACAUUGACAACCAAGGGUUUCUCUCAAAUUCGAUCGGCGGCCCCGAGAACAAGCACUUUGAAACGUACUUUCGAUCGGACGCCGCGGACCGGUGUGCCCAAAGCGCGGUUGCGCUCGGGUACGGCCUGUACCCGGACUCGACGGCGCCGGACCAGUACUACCACCAGCCCAUUUCCGUGUACAUGAACCAGUUGCCGAACGAACACGACUUUGCCGCCCCCAAAGGACCGUGCAAGGCCGUGGCCAAUGCGGACAUCCACGCGUACUUGGAACCGCGCGCGCUCGAAACCAUCCAAGAGCACAAGGCGCUGCUUGAGCAAGUGGGCCAGCUGUGCGGGAUCAACGUGUGGGACAUCCCGACACUCCCGGACGGCGAAGACCUUGUGACUGGGAUCAAGGACAUUGCCGACACGUUCACGUUCGACGCGCAGCAAGGUCUGCGCCGUCUCAAGGGUCUCACGGCGGAACAGCAGACAGAAAUCGAAGGGCUGGCUUUCCAGCACCUCAUGGAGCGGUACUUCUCGACGGACCGCGAGGUCACGUACUGGGUGGGCGGGUUCCCGACGUUGCUCCUGAAGAAUCUGCAGCUGCCGACACCCGAGAAGAAGGAAGCGUUCAAGUAUUACUCGUACCACGGCCACCGCGAGUUGUUGCAUGGGAUGGGGCAGCUCUUGGGGUGGACGUUCGACUUUGCCGGGCAGCCGCGCGCACUCAACACGUCGGCGCUGGACCCGGCCACGACGCUGUUCUUUGAGCUGCACCAGACCAACAGCUCGACGGAAUUGCUGUUUGUGCGCACGUUCGUGUGGUCGCCUCGCGUCCGUCGCACGGGGGUGAAACUGGCCAAGUGCUCGGCGGUCGACUGUCCGUUGGCCGAGUUCACGAGCAUCAUCCAACGCCACAUCGACGCCACGGGCCCGUGGGAGCAGAUCUGCAACUACCACGCAGCCACGUUCGCCCCCGUGCUCCACCCGACGACGUCCCCCGUCACCCCAGUCACCACCACCACUGCCAAGCCAGUUGAAGCCACAAUACCAGCUGAGACGAAGCCAGAGACCACCAUCACUGCGUCCCCAACGACAACGGCUACGCCAGCCAUCAUAACCACCACACCGAAGGCAGUUGAAGCCACAAAGCCAGUCGAGACGAAGGUAGUGACCACCACCACUACCACCGCAUCCCCAACGACGACAGCUACGCCAGCCCCAGUCACCACCACAGCCAAACCCGUGGAAGUAAAGGCCUUGGAAAGCACGACUGCCACGCCAAAGGUUGGGACGACGGCAAAGCCAGUUGCGACGACUGUCAACCCGGAGGAGACUAUGACACCAAAGCCAACGGAGGCAGCUACAACCAAACUCGUACAGUCAACUCCUGUAGUGCCCACCACUUCAAAACCCGAGCAAGAGGUGGAGCGUGCGUGGCAACCCACGGCAACCAUCGUGGUGCCCGUGCCCAGUGCAACCCCCCAACCCCCAGCGCGCCUCUUGGCAAGGUUCAGUUCUGGGGACGACUUGCCUCCCUUGAGAGCCUUCGAAGGCGUUGGGUGGGUGGCUUGCGUUGCGGUCGCCGCAGUUGUAGUGAUUGUGGUGGUGAGACGGUUCACCCGUCGCAACCAAACGGGCUAUCGUCGCCUGGACUAAGCUUCAAUAAAGUUGAUGAAUAUACCAUCUCGGUUACAUUUCAAGUUCCAAG